AUGUCGGAGGAGAAGCACCACCACUUCCGCCACCACAAGAAGGACGAGGAGCAGCCCACCGGCGAGUACGGGUACUCCGAGACCGUGGCCACCGAGGUGGUGACCACCGGCGAGGACGAGUACGAGAAGUACAAGAAAGAGGAGAAGGAGCACAAGCACAAGCAGCACCUCGGCGAGGCCAGCGUCAUCGCCGCCGGCGCCUUCGCCCUUUACGAGAAGCACGAGGCGAAGAAGGAUCCCGAGCACGCGCACAGGCACAAGAUCACCGAGGAGGUCGCGGCGGCAGCGGCCGUCGGUGCCGGCGGCUACGCCUUCCACGAGCACCACGAGAAGAAGAAGGACCACAAGGACGCCGAGGAGGCCAGCGGCGAGAAGAAGCACCACCACCUCUUCGGGUGA